AUGAAUUGUUGUGUAGUUUCAAACAUAAGAGUAGAAAGGAUAGAAACACUUGUUCAGUGGAAAAAGAUAUCUCUGAGGCAGUGCACUGCAUUGAAAAUAAAAAAAAAGUCAAGGGUGAUAUUUGGUAUUGAUGCCAUCCAAGAGCAGGAAAAUAUCUGCAUGAAUAAAAGUGGGAUUUAUGGUCACACUUCAACAACAAUAGAAAGCAUUUAA